GGAAGGGCGGGCCGCGGCGGCGGCCAUGGCUUCGCCGGACGGGCCUCGCGGCGGCCGCGGCGCGAAGAAGAGCCUGGCGGCGCGCAAUGCCGCCGUGGAGAGGAGGAACCUCAUCACCGUCUGCAGGUUUUCUGUCAAGACUUUGAUCGACCGGUCCUGUUUUGAGACUAUUGAUGACUCUUCUCCGGAAUUCAAUAAUUUUGCAGCAAUUUUGGAGCAGAUUUUAAGCCACCGACUGAAAGGUCAAGUAACCUGGUUUGGCUACGAAAGUCCUCGUAGCUUCUGGGAUUAUAUCAGAGUGGCCUGUCGAAAGGUUUCCCAUAAUUGUAUCUGCAGCAUCGAGAACAUGGAAAAUGUCAGUUCCUCUAGAGCCAAGGGCAGAGCCUGGAUCAGAGUAGCCCUAAUGGAAAAACAUUUGUCGGAAUAUAUCUCCACCGCUCUGAGAGACUUCAAAAUAACAAGGCGAUUUUAUGACGAAGGAGCCAUUGUCCUGGGAGAGGAAGCGAAUAUGCUUGCCGGCAUGCUGCUUGGACUCAAUGCCAUUGAUUUCAGCUUCUGCCUAAAGGGAGAGGGAUUAAAUGGCAGCUUUCCAGCCGUAAUAGACUACACACCGUACUUGAAAUUCACCCAAAGCUCUGAUAGCAUCAGCAGCGACGAAGAAGAGUUAAGGACCCUGGGAAGUAGCGGAAGUGAAAGCAGCACUCCGGAGAAUAUCGGGCCUCCGCUCCUCAUGGAUGAAAACCGGUGGUUCAUCAAGUGCAAGAGAGUCGAGCAGAAGUAUCGACUUAUCCUAGAACAGAAGGGUUAUCUAGAAGAGCUGGUACGACUUCGAGAAAACCAGCUGUCGGAAUCUGCGUCUCAAAACAAACUCUUAUUUCAGAGGAUUGAAGAUUCUGAUUUGGCCCAUAAAUUGGAAAAGGAACAGCUGGAGUACAUAAUUCUGGAAUUGCAAGACCAGCUGACUGUGCUAAAGAAUAAUGAUUUAAGAUCAAGACAAGAGUUAACUACUCACCUCACCAACCAGUGGCCUUCCCCAGGAGCCUCGGAUGGCAAUGCUGUAGCCCUGGACACAUUGCUUUACCGAAAGCACAGUAAUCAGUGGGAUGAGAAAAGUUUUCAAAGUCUGGACCAAUUAGGAGGAGAAGCGAACCUUUCUCAGUCGUCUCUGGACCCAGGCCAUUCGCAGGAUGGAGAUGAAAAAGAAGAGAUAUUAAACCUACUAAGUGAAGGGCAGGAGGGGACCCCCUCGAUGCUUGGGCUCUGUGGCUCCCUCACCUCGGUAGCGAGUUACAAAUCUCUGACCAGCCCGAAAUCCACCGACUACCUGGCAAGUCCCACCACCGAGAUGACCAGCCCGGGCCUAACUCCGUCCUGAAACAGCGUCAGGGGCAGCGAGCGACAGGUUCGUGUCGGAUCGCGUCUCGUGGUCUCCCGUCGGGCCGACUCCCGGGAAGACCUUUCGGUUUGAAAGCCCGGGCAGGGGACCGAACGCCGGGCACCCCGAAGCCGCGGGACCCACGGAAUCACCUCUCCUCUCCUCCCCGAGGCCGACGGCCGCGGGGUCACCUCUGGGUGCAGAACCCCGCCGUCUCCGUCUUUUUCUUCUUAAUUUAUCUCCCGCCCUCAUCACCCACGAAUGGGGAGUCUCUCCCCAGGUGGACCGGGAACCUUCCGAAGAGUUCCCCCGAAAUGGGAACCUCGAGCGAACUUCCGCGGUUUAGGCAAGUCCUGCCGGCACACCGGAGUUUCAAGGAGUCUCCGCGGCUGCGAUCCGCGGUCCCCGGUUCUGGCGCGAGGCCGCCGGCCGGCGCGGUUUGGCUCGAUCGGAAGGGAUCGGGAUCAACGCUCGCAGGAGAAAUGACUCCCUCCCACCUGCUUCCACCCUUUCCAGAAUGGCGUCUCGGAGCACGGAAGCGUCUCUCCUUUGUUUUUAAACGCUCUUCGGUUGUCACUUACCGGCGGAUAGGGAUUUUGUUUCCACUUUAACAUUUUGUAACUUUUGUAGGAACUCGCCCUUCUGGACAGUUGCUCUCACCAACAGAUUUUUGGUAAGACCUUGAAGACAGAGUUUCCAACGGCUCGGACGCACUUAAGGGAAUCGACUCACCGACCCCCUCACCCUUUCCAUUCCCCCAAAACCCAAACCAGAUGCCCCCCACUGUUUGCAGAAAGGGCAGUUGAGAAAUGCCCACCGUAACCCUCCCACGCACCUCAAAAAAAUCCAGCGGUUUCAAAACGCUUCUCAAAAAGGGACAGAUAGGAGAAACCCAGUCUGCAAGGGAGAAGUUGAGCUACAAGUAGUUUUGGGCAUUGUGGGGGUUCUCGGGUGAACCGAGUCACCACGCGGAAGACCAAACCCUCGGUAGAAACGGCUCCCUCCCUAAGGGUCUCUCCUGGGGAUAGGUUUUGUGGUGAAACGCCCACACCGCCCACUCUUUAACUCCAGUUAGCGUUUCCCAGACCCCCCCGCCCCGUGAACUCUCCGAUUUCUUUACCUUUUUAACGGGAACCAUUUCUCUCAAGGUUGCACGUGAUUUCUCUCCCGAAAGGGCCCCGUUCCAAACCCGGCACGAAACCCUUCCAAGCCACCGUCUUUCGCGGAGCGGCCGCUGUCUUCGUUCUUGCUGGGGGUGGGGGGAGAAGAGGCCACGCCAAAGAAGUUUCACAGACUGUUUACAAGCAGCGCGGCGGCUGCCCUGUUGGGAGGGGAACUCAUCCUCAUCGCAGCUUCAGCGGAAUCUGUCCCCGGUGGACUCGGAGACGGUGCGGGUGCUGCGUUUCGCCCCACUCUCCCACCUGGGCGGAGGCGGGGGACUUCAUUGGGUCUUUUUUUACGGGGAGAGAAGGGUUUGGGGAGCCCCCAGUGGCUUCAGCCUCUUCCUCUGCCCGUCGGAGGAGAAUAAGGCCGAAUUCGGAGGGUUCCGGGGGGGCUUCUAGAAAGAACCCAGCUCCCGGGGCAGCCCGGGCACCAGCAGAGAGGGGAUCACGAUCCCUCCUUCUCCCUCCCGGCUUGGGGUACGCAAAACGGGACCCCCCCCCCCCAUCCCAUCAUCGGUCAGUUUUCAGGAUCGGUUUACUCGGCAGCUGCGUCCGGAAAGUCCCGCUGUGACGACGUUGCUCCUCACCUUCGCGUUUACAUCCUUUCCCCCAGCGAGUCACGGUACUCCGGGGUUCUCCGACUCGGAUCGGGGUCUCUGGCCUGGCCUCCGGACCGCUCCUCCCCCGGGAGCGACCGGUGGAAAGUUGUUCUUUUCAUGGAAUUUCAGCUUCCCGCGUUAAUAGUCGUAGAGUAAGUGUCCGACUGUGCAUGAGGAGACUGUUUUCGUUGUCGUCAGUGUAAAAGGAAACAGACCGCGGAAUUAAUGGCAAAACGUCUGUGUUGUAUCGAUGUGUUUCCGUUGCACGUAAAUUAAACAUUUUGUACCGUU